UCACGGCGCCGCGCCCGCGGUCCCAGGCUCCGCCUUGCGGGAAACCGCAGCGCUGCAGGCUCCGAGGGGGCUGUCUGCCCGCCGCACCGAGCAGCUCAGGAAAGCACCCCGGGGUCCGCAAGAUGGGCCCCGGUUUCGUCAGGCUCGGCAGCACUCGGUAGCGGCUCGGAAAGGGCUCGGCAGAGCUCGGCCAGUGCUCGGCUCGGCUCGGCAAAACUCGGCAUGGCUGCCCCGCAGCUUACCGAGGGCACCGUCACGGUGGAAGGCCAGACUCUCUUCUACCGCCGGGCCGAGCCGGCCCAGCAGGUACCGAAGCUGCCGGUGCUGCUGCUGCACGGCAUUCGCUUCUCCUCUGAAACGUGGCUGCAGCUGCGGACACUCGCCACCCUGGCCGAAAACGGCUACGGAGCCGUGGCUAUCGACCUGCCGGGGCUGGGGCGUUCGAAGGAUGCUGUGGCCCCAGCGCCCGUGGGCCAGCCAGCACCGGGAACUUUCCUGAAAGCGGUUUUGGAGGCCCUGUGCCUGGGUCCAGCCGUGGUGAUCAGCCCAUCGCUCAGCGGCAUGUACUCCCUGCCCCUCCUCUUCCAGCACAACCACCUGCUCAAGGCUUAUGUGCCCGUGGCACCCAUCUGCACCGAGAAAUUCACAGCAGAGCAGUACGCCUGGAUCAAAACACCCACGCUGAUUGUGUAUGGGGACCAGGAUGUGGAGCUGGGGCAGACCAGCCUGAACAACCUGAAGCAUCUCCCCGAGCACCAGGUGCUGGUGCUGCAGGGUGCUGGACAUGCCUGCUACCUGGACAAGCCCGACGAGUGGCACCGUGGGCUUCUGGCCUUCCUGCAGAAGCUGAAAUGAGUGGGAAGGGCUUCAUGGAAGGGGCCCACAGAGCAGUGGGACAUGGCCAGCCCACCCACCCCUCUGUCUAUGCACACACCCUUGUGCCAACCCAGCUGCUUACCUGCUAUCUCCCCCGGGCCCUGCCACACUGUGCCAGGGCCAUACCAGCAUCACCAGCUCCCUUGGACCAAAUAAAACCCCAAGCUGCAUA